CCCGUGGGCGAGCACGCCGGUGAGGGGAGGGCGGCUCGGGUGCGUGCACGUAGGGGCCCCAGAAGAUGAGGGAAGUCUCUCUGGUUCCCGAAGUAUCCCCACCUUCGCUCUCUGGGCCCAGGGGCUGCAGAGAAGACAGCUCACCCCCUGCGCGUUCCAAGGUGGAGUAUGCCUACAGCGACAACAGCCUGGACCCCGGGCUCGUUGUAGAAAGCACCCACAAGGGGAGCAUAGUGUCCAGAGCUAAUAGCAUUGGUUCCACCAGUGCCUCUUCCGUCCCCAACACAGAUGACGAGGACAGUGAUUACCACCAGGAGUCCUACAAGGAAUCCUACAAGGACCGGCGGCGGCGAGCGCACACUCAGGCUGAACAGAAAAGGAGGGAUGCCAUCAAGAGGGGCUAUGACGACCUUCAGACCAUUGUCCCCACCUGCCAGCAGCAGGACUUCUCCAUUGGCUCCCAAAAGCUCAGCAAAGCCAUCGUUCUGCAGAAGACUAUUGACUACAUCCAGUUCUUACACAAGGAGAAGAAAAAGCAGGAGGAGGAAGUGUCCACUCUACGCAAGGACGUCAUGGCCCUAAAGAUCAUGAAAGUGAACUAUGAGCAGAUUGUGAAGGCACACCAGGAUAACCCCCACAAGAGCGAGGACCAGGUCUCCGACCAGGUUAAGUUCAACGUGUUUCAAGGCAUCAUGGACUCCCUGUUCCAGUCCUUCAACGCCUCUGUCUCCAUGGCCAGCUUUCAGGAGCUAUCGGCCUGUGUCUUCAGCUGGAUUGAGGAGCACUGUAAGCCUCAGACCCUACGGGAGAUCGUGAUCGGUGUGCUGCACCAGCUGAAGAACCAGCUUUACUGACCUGCACAAUAGCCAGCGAGAGGCCCGUCUCCUACUUGGUCCCAGAGCCACUGGGGUUAUGAGGUUGGACCGCGACACCUGCCGCCAGUCAGCGGGCUUCCCCCUGGCGUCCGGCUCCCUGGCCCGCCUCGUCCACGGUGGGGCUGGGGUGUUUGUUUUGUGAACGCUUCUGAUUAAUUUAUUGUACUGACCGUAGAGCUCGAACCUGCCCAGUCUUCGCCCACCCCUCCCCACAGAAGUCCUCAGAACGGGGGUCUGCUCUGGGCACCCCCCUUCUCCUAAGCCUCAGGUUUCAAAUUUCGCCACAUGAUCUACUCAUAUUUAGAAACUACUGUUGGCCUGUUUGGUCUCUUGGGCGGUAAGUGGCCCAAGCCACUUGGGCCGUAGAUGGACAGGAGAAAAGGAUGAGGAGGAACUACUUCCACAGCUGCAAAGGGUGAAAGGCCACUCGUGCCUAAGCCAGAGCUGCCUGGUCCGCCCGAGGUAAAGCCACAGCUUUCUGGGCUGGGCAGGGCUGCCAGGUUCCCGCUCCUGCCUCCUGCUCUCUCUCCUCCCCCUCUGCUCUGGGCAGUCGAGAAGCAACCUCCCCACCCGCUCCUCCUCUGUCCCCACAGGCAGCGGCACUGCACAGCAAAGUCCUGUGUGACGCAGCGCCACAUGUUCAAGUUUUUAUUUUUCUAAAUACCAACAACACAAUUUUGCUAAUGUUAGAAAAAUUUUAGAAAAUUAGCCAGGCCUCAAAACCUCUCCCAGCUUUAGUCAGGCGCACCCGGGUCUCCACUGUCUCGGGGCUGCCUGCACUCCUCCCAAGGCUUGGGGGUGGGUGGAGGCCUGCUGGGGGGUCAGAACCAAGGGAGUCCGAGGGGCAGCCCUGUGCCCCCUGGCUGCUGUGCACGAUAGCCUCUCUACCCUCGUCCCCCUAGCUCCCCCUUUUGCCUUCCUCAGAUUUGAUAUCUGAGGUUUGAUUAUCCAGAGGAAAUUAAAUAUUUUUAUAUCAAAUUAUAUUACAAUAAAUAUUGCCAAAUGCUUUCCUUCA